UUGUAUUCCUGUAAGGUUUCAGUUAUCCAACUCACUGAGAUGAGAGUUUACUGGAAUUUUCUUAUUUUCAAGUUGUUUUAUUUUGUAUUAGUUGUACCAGGCAGUUGGCAAUGUGAUAAAGGAGUACAGGAUGGGACGACAGGGAAAACAUAUAAAAUUAUUGAAGAAUCACCAACUAAUUUUCCAGGAUGCAAAGAGGAUAGUCAGAUGUUGGAAGCAAAUGGAAUAAAAUAUUGUCUUGCUAAAGUUCCGGAUUUUUUAACCUAUUUGCAGUGUGCAGAUGUAUUGCAGCAUGAAAAUUCAGAUGGCUCUAACAGACUUUUAAUUGAUUUAAACCCUGCAGAUGAUUCAGCGUUUUCACGAUCUUUUGACUAUGGAUCCUCAGAAUUCUGUAAAGAAACUUUUGUUAAAUCCUGUGUAAAAGCCAACAUAAAUCCAGAUCUGCUUGGAAAGACUAUUGAACUUCCUGGAAACAUUGAGCUGAAGUUCACAAAUAAAGUACCCGGAGAUGAACAUGCUUACAACUAUGAAGGGGAUGAUGCAGUUUUAAUUAUAACAUACAACCCAGUCAAUAAAACUAUGCAAGGCCUUGCAACCUUAGAAGACGGUAGGGCUUUUAAUUUAGAAUAUGUUGGAGAUGGGGUUCAUCUAUGGAAAGAGAUGAAUCUGAAUGAGAUUAAAAAACUUGAAUACGGCCAAACUGGGAACAGAGGAAUAGGUCAUGGUCAAGAUGACACCAUUGAUGUAAAUGUAACUGAAAACACUGCAAACAGAAUGGAACCUGAAAUACACAACGACAACACUACCAUGGUCUAUAUUUCUGUCCGGUUUUACUUUACUCCCCAGUUCUUAGUGAAGACCCCAGAUGUUAUUGGUUUUGUUGCAAAGAUUGCAGCUGUAACUAAUCAAGGGUAUAAAAACAGCAAGGUCCCAAUAACCAUUGUUGUUCAUUGUAUUGAACCAUUAGAAAUUGCUGAAGUUUAUUCUGAUUCAGAACAGCUAACAAAUUUUGCUAGCAUCAAGGGAGAUAAUUACAAGGAUAUACUAGGGUCAGCAGAUGCUGCCACGCUAUUGGUUUCUGGAGAAAACUUUAGCUCGUGCGGAAUUGCAUACGUUAAUUCUGUUCUUCUUGGUUUCACAUUUUCUGUUGUUACAAAAUCAUGUGCUGACACAAACUACAGCUUUGGCCAUGAAAUUGGGCAUCUUUUGGGAUGUGCUCAUAAUGUUGAGGAUGAUAACAAACCUUCAUAUCCCUACGGUUUUGGGUACUUUUUCCCCAGCGGUCAGGGGAAAUCAGGGUUUAGAAGCAUAAUGGCAUAUGCUGCUCCUAACUAUCCAACUAGGACGAACUAUUUCUCCAAUCCUGAUGUAGUAUUUCCGGACACUGGGACUGCAACAGGCGUCCACGGGAAAGCCAAUAAUGUAGCAGUGAUGUUAAGAAACCGGUUUUCCAUGGCAAAGGUUGGGGAUGAGAACAAAGGGUGUAAUUUGGAUUGGUUAAAAAAUGCAAAAGUAAGUAAAUAAAUAUGAAACAUUUAAGAAUAAUGGUCUUAACAUAAUAUGUAUGUGUCAUCUCAAUAUUAAAUAUAUAUAUUGCAGUUA